AUGGGUAAAGCACACUGUGCUCCCAUUUCCAGCCCGUGGCCCUCAGCUGUCACUCCCAGAACAGGUGCUGUAAACCAACACCCUGCUGGGUGUGCUUUGGCAGCACAGCCCCCUCUGAAGAGACUAGUGCUUUGUGCGCGCCUCCAUCUGUAUGACUGUGGCAAGAGGAUGAUGAAGGUCCAUUGUGUGCUCCUCCUCCUCAUCUGCUCAGCUGGGCUGGCCCUGGGCUAUGAGGACGAGACCCGCCUGGUGGAGGACUUGUUCAGUAACUACAACAAGGUGGUGCGGCCCGUGGAGGACCAUCGCGACGCCGUGGUCGUCACCGUGGGGCUGCAGCUCAUCCAGCUCAUCAGCGUGGAUGAAGUAAAUCAGAUUGUGACAACCAAUGUGCGCCUGAAACAGCAAUGGACAGACGUCAACCUCAGAUGGAAUCCAGACAACUACGGUGGCGUAAAAAAAAUCCGCAUCCCCUCAGACGAUAUCUGGCGGCCAGACCUUGUUCUUUACAACAAUGCAGACGGGGAUUUUGCUAUUGUAAAAUACACCAAAGUCCUUCUGGAGCACACAGGUCGGAUCACCUGGACGCCACCAGCCAUUUUUAAGAGUUACUGUGAAAUCAUAGUCACACAUUUCCCGUUUGACCAGCAGAACUGCAGCAUGAAGUUGGGAACUUGGACAUACGAUGGCACAAUGGUUGUUAUUAACCCGGAGAGCGAUCGUCCAGACCUCAGUAACUUCAUGGAGAGCGGGGAGUGGGUGAUGAAGGAUUACCGUGGCUGGAAGCACUGGGUUUACUACGCCUGCUGCCCUGACACGCCCUACCUGGACAUCACCUACCACUUCCUCAUGCAGCGCCUGCCCCUCUACUUCAUUGUCAACGUCAUCAUCCCCUGCCUGCUCUUCUCCUUUCUAACAGGGCUCGUUUUCUACCUACCCACAGAUUCAGGUGAGAAAAUGACCCUCAGCAUCUCUGUCCUGCUGUCCCUGACUGUGUUCCUGCUGGUCAUCGUGGAGCUGAUUCCCUCCACCUCCAGCGCAGUGCCUCUGAUUGGCAAGUACAUGCUGUUCACCAUGGUGUUUGUCAUCGCCUCGAUCAUCAUCACCGUCAUCGUCAUCAACACCCACCACCGCUCCCCCAGCACGCACACCAUGCCCCCCUGGGUCAGGAAGAUCUUUAUUGACACCAUCCCAAAUGUCAUGUUUUUCUCUACAAUGAAACGACCAUCAAGAGACAAACAAGACAAAAAUAUUUUUUCAGAAGAUAUUGAUAUUUCUGACAUUUCUGGGAAGUCAGGUUCUGUGCCUGUCAAUUUCUACUCCCCGCUUACCAAAAACCCAGAUGUGAAAAAUGCUAUAGAGGGAAUCAAAUACAUUGCAGAAACGAUGAAAUCGGACCAAGAAGCCAGUAAUGCUGCAGAAGAAUGGAAGUUUGUUGCAAUGGUGCUUGAUCAUCUCCUCCUUGGCAUAUUUAUGCUAGUUUGUUUUAUAGGAACAUUAGCUGUAUUUGCUGGUCGCCUUAUUGAAUUAAAUCAGCAAGGAUGAACGUCAGCUGGAAACUAUUUGCUGCCCUGAACAUCUGAAAGCACCAUGACCAUCAGAAUCUGGCCAGCCUCUGAAAGGUUCACUGACAGCAAUCAGUAACCACUGGGAAAGAGCAGGGAUAAUAAAACAUAAGGCCCCAUACUUAGCACUUCUGAGCCGCUGCUCAGUAGCAUUUAACUGCCAAAAAGAAACACUUGCAUUAGUGGUAAAAGUGAAUGGCUGUCAGCCAGGUUUUGAUCUGUUUUACCCUUUAUUAAAAAUGUUAAUGUAUAAUAAGGUUGUCUGACUUUGUAAGCAACAGAUACUAUUCCAGUGAAGUCAAUAGCAGUGUAAUAAGCUUUAGCUGAGCUGUAAAUCUGUAUCCAACUUUGGCGUUCAAGCUGGUUUUAAUAUCUACUCUGUGGCUUUUGUAUUAGCAGAGUCACUCCUCUGAUAACACUAGAUACAACCGUCAGAAAUAUCUCAAACUCCAUGCUUAAGCACUUGAUUUUCAUGCACAAAUCUGA